AUGGCCCCUUUCGACCAACCUUCCUAUUUGUUUCCCUCCUCGACCGCAACUGUGACGACCAAGGUGCUUGAUACCACCCUACAAAUGAUUUGUGACUCGGAUGCAUUUAUAGAGCCAUCAUUUUCUGGAAGCGACUCUACCAUGAGAAUGCGAACAAUCUGCUUCCUUGUCGAGAAUAAACCUCAAGGGAAACGUGUCUUAUUCGAUUGUGGUUCUCGUCAAGACCCUGAAAAUGGUGCACCGUACACCCAAAAGAUGAUUCGCGAUCAUGUCAAUUGGUUCAAAGUGGAAAAGGGUGUCGAUGCCGUUUUGGAAGACGGUGGAUUUGAUUUGAAAGACUUAGAUUCAAUCAUCUGGAGCCACUGGCACUGGGAUCAUAUUGGGGAUAGUACUCGCUUUGACAAAACCACGGAAAUUGUGGUUGGUCCAGGCUUCACAGAUGCUUUCGUCCCUGGAUGGCCGGAAAAUCCAAACGGUCGCAUACUCGACAGCGAUAUCCGAGAUCGAAAGUUGCGUGAAAUUACAUUUACUCAUGAGAUUGCGGGCUUCAAAGCACACGACUUUUUUGGUGAUGGUUCUUUCUACUUGCUGGAUGUUCCGGGGUAUGCUGUUGGACAUAUAUGCGGUCUUGCAAGAACUACCCCGUCCAUAUUCGUGUUUAUGGGCGGAGAUUGCUGUCAUUUCGCGGGCACUUUCAGACCAUUCAACCAGGCACCUGCAUGCCCUUGUGCAGGCCACGAUAAGGAGGGCCAAAGGGAUCACUUUUUCCAAGUUUCAACUGGUCCUAAAAGUGCAUACUCAGACCCGAAGGUUGCACAGCAAAGCGUCGACAAGUUGAAAUGUUUGGAUGCAGACCCCAAUGUAUUCAUUUGCCUGGCGCAUGACAACGUCCUCCUUGAUACUCUUCCUUUGUAUAAUUUGAGCCCCAAGGAAAGUAUAAAUGAGUGGAAAGCUCAAGGCUACAAGGACAAGGCAUUUUGGGGUUUUGUUGGGGAUAUGAAAGGAGGACAUGGAAAUAGAGAGGGACAUUGGAAAGAGCACUGA